GAGUGAUACUCUUGAAAGUCUGGACUGUUCAUUCGUCUUUUUGAUCAACAUCACUCACAUCUGGUAAUGGCGGGAAAAGAAAAUAAAUCAUCCUUUAUACCAACAUCGUAUAAAGGGAAGCAUCUGAAAUUGAGUGACUUGAAGGAAAAAGCCAGAGAUACUCAUAUGUACAAGAAAUAUCUCACAAAAGACAUCCCUUUAUACCCUGGACCUAACGAUUGUUCACCAGAGUUUCGUGUAUCUAAUCUGAAACACGACACGCAUAGAUUUGGUUUACAAGGAAUCAACACAGAUAAUGGCUUCAAGGAUCCACACAAUGGCCUAAAUGAUGUGGAUAAACUGUCCCUGGUGUGGUUCAGUCUGGCUGUGGAAGAAGAGGAGAUCGAGUCAGCUGAGAGGACGUUGCUGCAGAAGACCAACAUGACGGCAAGGCAGCCCGGCUUUCUGAAGAAGUUUGCCUCCUCUCCAGCCUUCAAAAAGAAGUCCAGGUAUGGAUCAUACCGCUUCACCUUCACAGUGGAGGAGGUGCUGAAUGCCUACAGGACGCAGUUUUGUGAGGACAUGCCACCAGUCAUGCGUGUUUUCAGAACCACCCUGUACCAAAAGGAAGUGAUGUAUGCUGUGCUGGUUCACCGCCCGACCGAGGAAGAUAAAAACCUCUUUAAGGACUAUACCAGCCUGUCUGAUGUCAACCAGGAUGCCGUGUGUACUUACGAACAAGGACAGUUCAUCUGGAGGCCACAGGCCAUGUGUGACACACACAAGUAUAAGCUGACUAAAACACGCAACGAGAUGGAUGCUGAGAAGAUUAAAUCUGAUCAGUGGUAUGUUUGGGAUCAUGUCACCCUCGCCCUGCAUGUGAAGAAAGGAGAGGUGCUGAGGUUUGAUCCAAAUUUUCUGUUAAAGAAUCUCACGUCAUGUGAACAAGAUGAAGUGACUGUCGCACCAAAAUGCUUUGAUUCUCGUACUAAUGCUCGGAAGUUUGUUAGAGAGCUGUGGAACAACCCAAACUUUGAACAGGAUGGGCUUUUAAGAGAGUUUGAAGAUCUCUCUCUUAGAGACCACCCAGUCUGACGACUCCCUGCAGCGAGACAGCAGCUUCUAGUUUUAACUGUCUGGGUUCUGCAAAUUUUUCUUGUUCCUUAUUUUUGAGAGACCAAACAUAUAACUUCAUAUUGGUGUGGUGAAAGCAUGUAAAGCGUAUGAAUUUUAUAGUUUAUAUUGUAAUCUUUAGUCAUGCUGAGGCUGCCUGUGGGGCAAUAAUAGUUUAGUAGAUUAAUGGUUGAUUAAAGGUUUAAUUAAUAAAUUUCCUGUGGUAACUGAGUUCACAGUAAAAGAGAAAUGAUAAAACAUACAUGAUAAUAUGAGGAGAAACUUGUGAUCACGUGUUUUAGUGCAGUCAUAAAAAGUGGGCAAUAAAGUUGAUUUGAAACUGUUGUGUA